AUGGCCGUGUUGGUGCUCGACGACGACGACGACCUCCUUGACGACAUGGCUCGGCCUCCCGACCUCGAGCCCCCACCCGCUGCCUGCGGCUCAUCGGAGCACCUCUUCUUCCAUUCACCGCCACCACCGUCCACCCGCCCGCCGGCAGCCACUCCGGCGCCAGCGGCAACCACAUCCUCAACUGCUCCAGUGCCGGGUGCCUUCUCCCCCCACCACACCCUCGAUGACUCGCCCACGCUGACAGCCACCCCGGCUUCGGCGACCUCCUCCUCCUCGCCGACGGGCACUCCUCUCCCCUCCCCUGGGCAUGAAUCUCUCUCCCCGGAUGCGGCUCCGCUUUUCCCUAGUGGCCACUCCAACGGCCGGGGGAAGCAGCUUCGAUGGAGGGACGACACCCCACCUCUCUCCGACGACGACAGCUCCCCAUACUACCGCGACAUCCUGCUGCGGCAAUCGAGGGCGGCCUCCUUAACACCGGCGGCAGUGCAGGUCGACGCACCGGCUCCGAUGCCCACUCUCCGCUCCGUCGUGGUGCUGCCUCCACAUGGCGAGGGUGGGCACCGCAAGCGUCCUCGUCGGUGGGACCUCCGGCUACCCUCUCCGCCACCCUGGACGGACAAGCGGUCCCAGCGCAGCAUUCGCCGGCACGGAACGACAGAGCUGGACGUCGGCCUCCAGCAGCACGACCACCCGCACAAGGCAGGUCAGGCUACCCCAAGCCGUGUCUGA